AUGGACGAGGGACAGCCACCACCCGAAGACGUGGUUGCCCCUCACACAGGCGCUCCACUCAAACGCCCACGAGCUGACUCGGAAAGUACGGCGUCGAUCGAGUCCAACCGCUCUGCCCGCACUUUGGCUUCGGACGAUUUGGAAUAUUUCCAUGAAAAUGGACGAACAUACGGCAACGAGACAUACUAUCUGCCAUGUGUGUACAAGCCACAUAACGAUUUCAUAGAGCAGGAUCGUUUAUCUUUACAACAUGAAGUCUUCGUUCGAGCACUUCACGGCAAGCUUACCACUGCGAAAUUAUUGCCCACCACACGAAGGAUCCUCGACUUGGGUACAGGUCCGGGUCACUGGGCUGUUGCCAUGGCACGUCAAUACCCACAGGCGGAAGUUGUCGGGAUAGACAUGACUGAAUGGGAUAUCGGUACCACUGAAGCCACGUUAGGCGAUGCCAGUGUGACAUGGGAGCUGGAUGAUCUCGACGUCUGGGGAAAAGAAAUGGAUGUUGACGAGCUGAUCAAUCAGCUCUCGACUCUCGACUUGGCUACCGAAAUGGCUCAUCGGAAUCCGGUUGAGUCGCUCAGGAAGCCAAAAUCAACAGUUGACCUCAAUCAACGUGGAGGAUCAAGUACUCCAGAAGAGUCUCUGACUAUUGACCUCUCGACUCUCACACCCCAACCCGAACCCGGCUGGCAUUUUAGCGAUUCUUUCGAACUCAUACAUCUACGAAACAUGAAAGGCUCCUUCACUCAUUGGGAAGACGUCUAUGCAGAAAUAUAUAAGAGUCUCUCGCCUGGCGGGUGCAUUGAACUUGCAGAUUGGGAUCUGGGCCAGGUGCCACUGGGUCCGGGUGAGAUUACAGCAGCAAGCAUACCCAUGCCUACUCUUCGUAAACUGUAUGUGGCGUUUAUGGAAGCAUCGUUCAAGUCUGGUCGUCCGCUCGGCCUCUUCUACAUGCAUCACACUUAUCUCGAAGAAGCGGGAUUUGAAGACAUUCGAACAACCCACGUCAAUGUCCCAGUCGGGCGAUGGCCACAGGACGAGGCGCAAAAGUCGCUUGGUAAGAUGAUGUUUGUGUUGGGUAUGGAGAUGUUUGAACCAGUUUGCUUGCGCCUCUUGACGACAUGGGGUAGUAAGAGCAGGGUCUGGACUGCCGAAGAGCUCAGGGCAGAUAUUGCAGUGGCACAACAGGAAGUCAAAGAAUAUGUCGAGCGAUCCGAACGUGGAGAGGUGGAAGGCUGGUGUGCAAGCUUCAAGUGGGUCACUGCCAGGAAAAGCUGGCACGCUGAGAAGUGA